UUAGGCUAUUUCUGCUAUCUGUCGCUAUCAGUACAGCAGUGCUAACAGUUUGGCAGAUGGGACACUUUUUCUUGGAGUUUAUGUUUAUGAUUUUUAACUCCUGGCAGAUACUGCGACUUCGUUCCCUGUCUUUUUUUUCCCCCUGCCCGUUGUUAAACCAUGGCCCGCAGGCUGCGGUUUCAUUUUGGCUCAGGGAGAAGCAACACGGCCCCCGAGUCGGACGUCUUAGAGCAGGAGAGAGAAGAUGACUUGUUCAUGGCAUUCCAUACCCUGCCGCGUAGGAACGGCUCCCACUUGUUCUCCAGACAUUAUGGUGAUGAAGAUCUCCAAGAAGAAGGUGCACUGAAGAGAAGCACUUCCAUGUUUAUUCCACAGCUGCUGCAGAACAUCGACGUGCGCCCAACAAGAAGUUCCUCAAUGCAAAUCUCCCUCCAGCGCAAAGGUGCCAGCGACUGUGCCGAUGAGUGUGAGGGUGCAGAAUUUUCGGAAGAGGUUCUUCCUUGCGGGUUUGCGGACUUUGACGAGAAUUACAUUUCGGCUGUAAGGAAAAAUUCCUCCACUGUAAGUAGUCCGCAAGAUACGCCUGGUAAUUCUCCUCCGCAGUUGCAUGAACCUAGAAGGCAACGGGUUAACGGGACAGCGUCCUUCCACCCCAGGCUCACUCAAUGUCGCUUUACAGAGCAAAAUGGGAAUAUUAACUACGCAAGAGAUGGGGAGGAAGAGGACAGGUUACCUACCUGCAGCAAGAGCGUUGGUGGUGUGAGGAUAAACAGGCAGACUCUCAGCCCUGACAUCCGGCAAGUGAGGUUGCUGCCGCCGUGCUAUGAAGGGCAAAAUGGCUCUAACGCAGAGCCAAGACGCUGGUCUCUACAGCAUCUCCCGGACACGUCAGGGAGUCCCGGAAAAAGGUGUUUUGUAUUUCAACUCCAGCAAUCUCAAACUACCAACUGUAACCAGGGAGAAGAGUAUAAUUUUGGGUUUACUGGCACAAAGGGAGACCGACUGGUUCGAUACCCCCGCAUUAGACUUGAACGGAGUACGUCCUACCCGCUGCAGCCACGGUCGGAGACCCUCAGCUCUGUAGAGAACGGGUUGAGUACAGAAGGCAGGUCUUGCAGUAACGACUUUACCGACGACUGUCAGAAUUAUUCCAGAGAACGACCCUUGCAGGGACAAGGGUGCUCCUUUAAAAUUAGACAAGAGCAGAAUGUCAGGCAGCCACAUUUUAGGAUACGCGUAACACGUGGGAUCGAAGAGCAAAAUAACAACCAAGGGCAAAAUUCCACUGGAAAUUUUGGAUCAGCGUCCGGAAAUGGCACAACUAGAGAUGACUUCUUGGGUCAAGUUGAUGUACCUCUAAACCACUUACCGACUGAAGAUCCCACAAUGGAGAGGCCGUAUACAUUUAAAGAUUUCCUACUCAGACCAAGAAGCCACAAGUCUCGGGUUAAGGGUUUCCUGAGAUUAAAAAUGGCGUACUUGCCGAAGAACGGAGGACAAGAGGAGGAAACCAGCGAGCAACGGGAAGAAGCCGAGCACGCCUGGGAUGUUGUAGACUCCAAUGAUUCUACCUCUCCGCACCAGCAAGAACUGCCAGCUCCCCCUAUGCCACCUGGAUGGGAGGAGAAAGUGGACAAUCUUGGGCGCACAUACUAUGUCAACCACAAUAACCGCUCCACCCAGUGGAUUCGGCCAAGCCUAAUAGAUGUUACUUCAGAGUCCGACAGCAACAUCAGACACAUACAGCAAGAGGCCCACCGGGUUUUCCGAUCCAGGAGACACAUCAGUGAAGAUCUAGAGCCGGAACACAUAGACGGAGGAGAUAUGCCUGAGCCAUGGGAGACCAUUUCAGAGGAGAUGAGUCUGAGCACCGACGGACUGAACACGUCUCUGCCGCCCCCUGCAUCUCCAGUCUCCAGGGCCACCGCUUUGGAACUUUCCGAAGAGCUUAACCGAAGGCUACAGAUUAAUUCGGAGUCCAACGGGGAACAGUUCAGUUCACUUAUUCUCACAGCUUGGGAAAGGCAUAAGCAGAGAGAACCAUCCUCGAGAUUAAGGUCUUGCAGUGUCACCGAUGGAGUCGCUGAGCAGGCUCUUUUAUCAAUGCCGAGUGCCCCAACUGGAAGAGCCCGUUCUUCAACUGUGACAGGUGGUGAGGACUCUACGCCGAGUGCCCCAACUGGAAGAGCCCGUUCUUCAACUGUGACAGGUGGUGAGGACUCUACGCCGUCCGUGGCCUAUGUACAUACCACGCCGGGAUUACCGUCAGGCUGGGAAGAGAGGAAAGAUGCUAAAGGACGUACAUAUUAUGUCAAUCAUAACAAUCGCACCACAACGUGGACCCGGCCCAUUGUGCAGCACGCUGAAGAUGGUGCAGUUGGAUCCAGCUCAAACAGUAGCAAUCAUCUGAGUGAACCUCAGAUCAGGCGACCUCGUAGCCUCAGUUCCCCCACAGUUACUUUAUCUGCACCACUGGAGGGUGCAAAAGACUUCUCAGUGCGCCGGGCAGUGAAGGAUACAUUGUCCAACCCGCAGUCUCCACAGCCAUCUCCUUAUAACUCUCCCAAACCACAACACAAAGGGGCACAGAGCUUCUUACCACCAGGCUGGGAGAUGAGAAUAGCGCCAAAUGGGAGGCCCUUCUUUAUUGACCAUAAUACCAAAACUACCACUUGGGAGGACCCACGGUUGAAAUUUCCAGUACACAUGAGAACAAAAGCGUCUUUAAAUCCCAACGACUUGGGUCCUCUACCCCCUGGUUGGGAGGAGCGAAUACAUUUAGAUGGCCGGACAUUCUACAUCGAUCACAGAAGUCCAGUCUUGAUGUGUGGAGACAGUGAGGACGGACAGUUAGUGCCCUCCUACGACAACAAAAUAACUCAGUGGGAAGACCCCCGACUACAGAAUCCAGCGAUCACUGGGCCAGCCGUCCCCUACUCCCGAGAGUUUAAGCAGAAAUAUGACUAUUUCCGGAAGAAAUUGAAGAAACCAGCCGACAUACCAAACAGGUUUGAGAUGAAGCUCCACCGAAACAACAUCUUUGAAGAGUCCUACAGGAGGAUCAUGUCGGUGAAGAGGCCAGAUGUCCUGAAAGCCCGUCUGUGGAUAGAGUUUGAAUCUGAAAAAGGCCUGGAUUAUGGUGGAGUCGCCAGGGAAUGGUUCUUCCUUUUAUCCAAAGAAAUGUUUAACCCGUACUAUGGACUCUUUGAGUACUCCGCUACGGACAAUUACACACUUCAGAUAAACCCCAACUCCGGUCUUUGCAAUGAAGAUCAUCUGUCGUAUUUCACGUUCAUCGGUCGAAUUGCUGGCCUUGCAGUGUUUCAUGGGAAAUUACUAGAUGGUUUCUUCAUCCGGCCGUUUUACAAGAUGAUGUUGGGGAAACAGAUAACGUUGAAGGACAUGGAGUCCGUGGAUAGCGAAUACUAUAAUUCUUUGAAAUGGAUCUUAGAAAAUGACCCCACUGAGCUGGAUCUCAGGUUCUGUAUAGAUGAAGAAAAUUUUGGUCAGACGUACCAGGUUGAUUUAAAGCCAAAUGGGUCGGAGAUGGUUGUGACAAAUGACAACAAAAGGGAAUACAUAGACCUCGUUAUCCAGUGGAGAUUCGUGAAUAGAGUACAGAAACAAAUGAAUGCGUUUUUAGAAGGAUUUACUGAACUCAUUCCUAUUGAUCUGAUAAAGAUUUUUGAUGAAAAUGAGCUUGAGCUCCUCAUGUGUGGCCUGGGAGACGUGGACGUAAAUGACUGGAGACAACACACACUGUAUAAAAAUGGUUACUGUGCAAACCACCCGGUAAUCCAGUGGUACUGGAAGGCUGUACUGUUGAUGGAUGCUGAGAAACGUAUUCGAUUGCUGCAGUUUGUAACCGGGACAUCCCGGGUGCCUAUGAAUGGAUUUGCUGAACUUUAUGGUUCAAAUGGUCCUCAGCUGUUUACAAUAGAGCAGUGGGGAAGCCCAGAUAAGCUGCCCAGAGCUCAUACAUGCUUUAACCGUUUAGAUUUACCUCCUUACGACUCGUUUGAAGACUUACGGGAGAAGCUUCUCAUGGCCGUAGAGAACGCUCAGGGAUUUGAAGGUGUCGAUUAAAGAGGCUCCUCUUUCCACCCCAUAAAAAUGCAGCCUGCGCUUGGGAAUUUGAACUAAAAUGGACAGUACUAGUAAUGACCGAGAGACACUUGCGGAAAAAAAACCACUAUAAUAAGAAGAGAAAUAACAAAGUAACAAAACGACAAAGGAUUAAAGUGGUGCAGUUAGUGCCCUUGAUACAUUGUGUCAGUUUACGUAGCAACGUCAGAUCGUUUGUCUCGUGGUUGCUACAAAAAUGUACUUUGCCUGCAGGUGUAAUGGAAACCAACCCCACUUCUUGUGUGAUGAGAUGUUGCUGGUAAAUGAUGGCAGGCAGAAAUUGUGCCAACAUGGAGCCACUUUCUGGCCUUCAAUACAUAGCCCCUGACGCUGGUUCUGCAGUGCAGUCUCCUCAGCUCAGACGUAUUGAGCUCUAUAAACUGUGGAUGGUACGUCUAGGAUCUGUACGGCAAUCGCAAGCUGUUCAUGUAUACUUAAAUUACAUUUCAGGAGGACUUACUCUAUAUAUAUAUAUAUAUAUAUAUAUAUAUAUAUAUAUAUAUAUAUGUGGUGCCAGCCCUUAACUCAGAUUUUACCUAUUUUCUAAUGCCAAUGAAUGGAACGAAUCACUUUGACGGUAUAGUAUUAAAACCCAUGUUUACUUUUUAAAUGAUUUAGACCUAUUUUCAAAUUUUACUUCAUUAUAAUUAAAGCUGUAUACUGUACAAAUGCACAUGAGCCCACUUUUAUUUUACUUUCUGACGACCACACCGAAGCCAUCUUGGAUUGGGCAUGCUGUUUGGCCAAGUAUGAUAAGAUGCUUUGUUUAUGAAGUUUAUCUCCGUGUUUUUAGGACUUCACUUUUUUUUUUAUACUUGUUCUAUGUUCCCCAACUAUUGACUGGCCAGUGCAGAAAAAUGCACAACACGGUUGAAACUGAUGAGCGGUAAUUGCAGCAUCAUACAACCAUUCAUUUUAGCAUGUUGAAGAAUAAUUGCAAAGUGUAAUAUUUAUACUAUGUACAUGUAUUAUAGAUCAUAUACUGGCUGACAUGAAGUGCCAUUUGUUGUAUAAUAUUGAUAUAUGAGAUCGUUUAGAAUUUCUUACCUUAUGAUUUUUUUGGGGGGGGGCUGGUGGGCACUAAAUGCUUUUUAAAGGGAACGCUCCCUCGUGUCUCUACUGUGCGAGAGGCAUCUAUUACUUGCGACUGCUGGAAAUUCAUUUGCAGUUCCCAAACCUUUGUCAUCUACACAUUUGUAAGCUUUGCUAAUUAGCUGCACCGAACCCAAAGGCACUUUAUCAAUACUGUUUUUUCUACCAAUUUCAAGUAAGUUUACUGUCUUCUUAAAGGGUCUUUCCUAUCAGGACUUCGAUUUACCGGCUUGCACUUGCCACCCGAGAGAGAGAGAGAGAUUGCACUGGCUGUUGUUUUCAGCUAUGUCUUUAUAUCAUCAGUCAAAGCUUGUUUACUUUUAUAGAUUUUUUGGUACAUUUCUAUCCGGCAGAGCUCUGUCAUAUCGUAGAGCACUUACACAAACAAAGCUGCCUGAUCAUGUAAUUGCAUGGCUGGAGAGCACAGAAGAAAGUCUGAAAGAUAAAUGAAUGCUUUUAGUAACAGAUGCAGAAGGGCGUGUUCAAGCCAAUAAAUUUAAGGUUAUCGAAAAGGUGAAGGACUCUUUUAAUCAGCAAUUAUUGGAUUCCCUAUACCUGUUAAACUUGGCAGCUGCUGAUGUGACGACUUGAAUGUUGAGCCAAGUCACCCCACACUCAAACACUUGUCUUUAUUUUUUUGUAAGUAUUCAGCUACAAUAUAUAAGGAAACCACUUGUUUGGUUAUUUUGCUACAUAGGACCUAUAUUGCAUUUCACUCUGUAGUGGCGGAAAGUUUUUGGAGCUUAGCAGGGGUUUUUUUUCCACUGAAAUAUUUAACGCCACCGACCAUAAUUGUUUAAACGGUUUUCACCCUUGACAAGUCUCACGUAUUUCUGGAAGUGAUGUAAAGUAAAAACACAGUGGUCAAUGUAGUGAUGGGUGGUUGGUGUCAUUCGAUCAUGUUUUGGUGGGGUCCUGCAGAAUUCCUUGAUGUAAUUGCUGCAGAACUGGCAAAAUGGUUAAGUGAGCACUGUUAAACAGUUUGUGGCUCAUAUAGUUGUGGAGCUACUGUAGGGCAUGCAGGGACUUUUAGUUCCACAAGGGUAGAUGAGCCAUCUGUUGUCUUUGAUUUUGUCUGUGUUCCACUGCAACAUAAUAGAAUUUGUGUGUGGUCCGCAGCAUUGAUGGGGCAACCUGUGUGUUUGGAACCCCGGGGUGGGCCCAAUUCUGUUUUGGAGAUCCUCAUUUAUCAGAUAUGUAAUAUGUUCUGUUUCAUAUCUUUAUAGCUCCUGGUACACACUAUAAGUUCCCCCAACCAAACAUUAAUAACCACUGGUCUUUAGCACUGCUUAGGCUUAUUAUACAAUAUCAGCCCAGUCUGUUUCCAUUAGAUAAUAUUCCAAUAUUAUCUGUUGGCCUGACAUUAUGAAGACAUUUGUUUUGCUAAUUCAAGAUGAUUGACAAUAUAUAUUAAAAACAGACUUUACAUGUUGUGCAUCCUACCAGUGUCUGAAGGUACCGAUGCUAUUCUCAUUACUCACCUUUCCUUUCCAGUACCCUGACCCUUAUUAGUGACGUUGGACCCAGUCACCCAAGUAGUAUUCAUCUCCUAGGAUGGCUGAGUACAGUAGCUGGCUGAUUCUGACUUGGGACAAAGCAAAUGGGAGCAAGUAACUUUGCCCCUCAGUAAAACCAUGAUGUACUGCAAAAUGUGCAGAGAGAGUUAGAUUUGGGUGGGGUAUGCCCAAACUCAGAUCUAAAUUACGGGUGUAGUAUGGUAUGCCGGCGGCCGGGCUCCCGGCGACCAGCAUACCGGCGCCGGUAGCCCGACCGCCGGCAUACCGACAGUGUGGCUAGCGCAAAGGAGCCCCUUGCGGGCUCGCUGCGCUCGCCACACUGCGGGCACGGUGGCGCGCCACGCUAUUUAUUCUCCCUCCAGGGGGGUCGUGGACCCCCACGAGGGAGAAUAGCUGUCGGUAUGCUGGGUGUCGGGAUCCCGGCGCCGGUAUACUGUGCGCCGGGAUCCCGACAUUCGGCAUACUGAAGACCACCCCUAAAUUACAGUGUAAAAAUAAAGCUGCCCAGCAUUUGUGGGUUACAUGCAAAUGCAGCCAGUAUUUACCCUGCAUUCGAAAAAAUAAAUAUAAUGGCACCUCUUGCUUCACAACCUGGUUUGUUCCAGAUACAAAUUUUCCCCUAGGUUCUGCACUAGAUCAUGAGAACAUAGACAGGGUCUUCUGGGAGGCAGUCACCUGUCCGUAUAUAUAUCACAGAGUAUGUGAUUAGGACAGAGUCAUGAUAGGAGGGGACUGGAGGCCAUAGACUGGUAUUAGUGGAAGGACAGGGUCCCCCAGCAGCACAGAGCAGUGGCGUGAGUGAAUCUCACAUACGUGUACAAUAUAGCAUACCUGCCUACUCUUAAAUCCCAGAUAUAAGUGGGGGCAUGUCGCUGUUUCACCGUCCCAUGCUGUGUAUUGCCACAAUUUUGGGUGGCAGGGUCAUGAUCUUAUGCACCCAGCGAAAUGGUCCGGUAUCUAUUUUCGUUUCCUUCCUACCACACAUCAGGAAAGGAAGAAGGCAGAUUACAAUGUCGUGAAUGAUCAGAUGGAAACAUUUUCUUUGCAUAAACUAUGCAAUCGAGAACUUCAAACAUUUUAUUCAUCUUUUACUGUUUCGCAAUGAACAAGAUGAUCACCUGCACCUGUCACCACCCGUGCAGUUCCUUUUUCCUGCUUGAGGUGUUGCGUUCUGCUCUUGUGCGUCUAGCACACUCUGAUCUGUAUUUCAGCACUGAGAUACAGACCAGAGUGUGCUAGAAGCACCAGAGCAGAAAGCAACACCCAAGGCAGGGCACUGCGCGGGUUGUGACAGGUGCAGGGUGCUAGAAGGAACACUACUAAUAUCUCGGCGAUCCCUCCAUUUCCGACAGCGGCUGCAGCCCUGACAGGUUCCUAUGGUGACUGCUGGACAGUCUGAUUUAUGAAGCUUCGGAAUGAAAUGCCUCCCCAUCAGUGGAUGCCGCAUGUGUGUGGUCCAUGAUAUAGUCACAUUAGCAAUCAGUUCACUUCGUACACAUCCUCUCGGAUCCCCUGCCCCUGCGUGUAUUUUAGUACAUUUGGGUGAAACGUAAUUUGUUAUUACUAGGAAUAUCUGUGCCAAAAAAAAUUACAAUUAUUAGGGCAAUAAUUGAUUAAUAUACUCCUUAGUCCCUCUUACUUACUAUGCUUCCUACUCUACUUGCCUACUGUCCUGGAGGGAGGGUCCAGGUGUGUAUAGUGGGGGUCACAUGGCUCCACAUUUGCAUGCUGUGAACAAUGCAUUGUACAGCAGGAACUGAACCACGAUGGAGUGAUUCAACGUAAAUCGCACCAAGUCCUGGGCCGUUCAUUUCACUGGAGAAGUGGCCAAAUCCUGGGCUUGUGUACUCUAGAGUCCCCAAGAGCUCCCCAAACUGUGUGCGUCUCCUUGACAUUCCGCUAGAGUUGAUGAUUAUAUCUCCUUUCCUUAUAUUUGAAGUCACAGUUCGUAUUUUGUGUAAGAUAUUUUAAUUACACAUUUUAUUCUAAGUAAUUUUAGAUAUAAGAUAUCAAAGUAGUCUCUGGAUCCGACAGGCUGCCAAAAAGAUCUCACCUCUUAGUCUCUCCAGCGCCCCUUUAAAGUUUCAUGGUUAUUCUCUAAAUGCUUUGAGGCUUGUUCUCCUCUGAUCCCGACAUGCGGCUCCUCCACGUCUCAUUUUCAUACCUUCUGUUCUUUAUCUAUGUUUCCUCUGAUCAUUCAGUUCUCCAGGAACACAAGGCUGGUAUGAAAGUCUUGUACUAAGCACCUUAUGAUAUAAUAUGUUACAGUAUUGUGGAGGUGUUUAUUUCUUAGUCUGUUUUCUUCUUUUCCUGAUGGUAUUUCUUCCUUACUGCCACUGGCACCAAUAUGCAAAUGAGGAGUGUAAAAAGAUGGCCACCAAUACUAUAAUGUUGAGUAGGAACUAAAAAAAAAGAAAAACCUUUUUAAUGUUAAGACUAAACAUGAAGUGACAUUUUGUGAUCAAACCCUUAUAUAUUAUAGAAAGGGACUUAAUUAGAGGGAUAUGUAUCAAACCUUCUAUAGAGGAGCCAAUCAGAUUCCAGCUUUCAUUUUAAAAAAUGUACUUCUAAGUGAUAGCUAGAAAAUGAUUGGUUACUUUGGGCAACUGAUCCACUUGCCUCUUUCGAAGAUUUGAUAGAACUCCCCCUCAGUCUUUAGGGAGGGGAAAUACAUUGAUUAAAAUGUGUUGAGGCCCCUGAAUGGUCAAGCAUGAUAGCCAUCCGUCCAGGCUUCUCCUCUUAUUCCUACCACUGCAACAGAUUUUAGGGCAGUGAUGGCUAACCUUGACACUCCAGCUGUUGUUGAACUACACAUCCCAGCAUGCCCUGCUACAGUUUUGCUAUUUGGCCCUGCUAAAACUGAUGCAGGGCAUGCUGGGAUGUGUAGUUCAACAACAGCUGGAGUGUCAAGAUUAGCCAUCACUGUUUUAGGGCUUUCAGAUAUUUCACCUGCAAUAAGUAUGCAGCUACAUCAUGCCAACAGUAGAGGGAGCCAUAUUGCUGAACUCAUCUGAGAAAGAGAUUGCCUUGCUCAAAGCAAGCUAUUGUUCUCUGGUGUCAGUCAUACUAUAAGGUUCCCUACAGUCAGUAGGCAUACAGAGAAUUCUCCUGCUGUACUUGGAAACAGUGAUUGCUGCAUUAUUGUAGAUUUAUGUAUAGAAUGUGUUGUGCACUGGUGUUUGUUACUGUACAACAGGGUGCGCCCUUGCACAAGUCACAUCCCCAUGCUAAACUUUACACAACGCAAUACCUGGCCGAGGAACCUUAUGCUACUCAUUUAUUAAAUGAUAACCCAAUGUUUUAAAUAUUGUAUUUAUGCAAUAAAGUUGUAGGAAUUUGCCAGGAAACUGCUAGAGAGAUGUCGGAUGUGUCUUUGCGUUAUACUAUAUGUCUCAUUCUCUUUAUGGAAACACAUUUUGUCCAGAGAGAACGCCAGUCUGAGUUACAUAUCCACAAUUUAUACAUUUUCUAAAAUUGGCCCCUGAUAUUACGGACUGAUAAACAGCUCUACCUACGAGUCAAAACUGCGUCCUUUUUGUGUCGUUUUAAAAUGUCUUCUCAAUAGCGCAAGUGCCAAAUAUAGUUAUUAUUAAUAUUAAGUUUAAGGUAUUGAAAUGUAACAUUUUAAACUGAAGGGGAGAUUUAGUGAAAGAGGAUGAGUGUAUAAUUUGCCAUUAUCAACCAAUCAGAUACCAGCUUUCAUUUUAUAGAAUGUACCCGUUAAAUAGUACAAUCUGAUUGGUCACUAUGGACAACUUGUCUGCUUAUAAUCUUUAGAAGGUUUGGUUAAUGUCCCCAUGAGUACAUUCAUCCACAUUCAUCCACAUAUUUAGUUGCCGGCUUUUUGGGUCUGGAAGUCCUGAAGGUUGAUGUCCCAGCGGCAACUGAGGUUGUGGGGGUUUCACGCCGUUGUGCUAAUUCCGUCAUCACCACCCCACCCAUCGCAAUGCAGAAUUGGAUAGGAUGCAGGAGGGUUGCCCCGUAGAGCUGCCUGAAAUUUGGGAGUCUCCUGAACAUUCCAGGAAAGUAUUCUCUACAUAUAGUGGGCGCAGAUACUUUGACUAGGAUCUAACGUCAUAAUUACAGCAUAAUCAGGGGCAGCCAUUUUGUGUGCUGAAGUGCCGUUCAGGAGCAGGCAGUCUGUGAUGUCACUAGUUCAUCAUGAGCAUGGGUUCUCCCUACAAAAUGGCUGCCUUCACCUGACCCUCAGUGACCUAUGACCUAUGAUGCCUGUGUUGUGUUCUUUUAUUAUACUGUGAAUUCCAAAUAAAAAAAUCCUUUUGUCCCUCUGAAAGGAAACUAUAAUAAAACACCAUUCGUUUUGCUGCUGUACAGACAGACCAAGAUGUAAAUCUGGGGUUUAAUUCGAUCUUCCUCCUGCCACUGUGGGAAAAGGGUUCUUACAAUUUCUUCCAAAGUAAGAUUGUUUAUUUUCUUUGUAAAACGGGUUAAAAAAGAGGACUUUCUGUCCAGCAAAGUGAUAUGAAAGCAAUAAUAAAUUAUGAGAAAAGUAAAUGUACGUUGUGACAGUACUUCAGUUACCAUACCCAAAAUUCCCUUCAUUGAAAUUGAUGUUGCAGUUACCCCCCCCCCCCCCCCCCCCCUCCUAAGAAACACUGGAUACAGUUUGUGCUACAAAUGCAGUUUAACAUGGUAAUGGCUGAGAAAUCUGUGCAAUGUAUAUAUACUUAUUAGCAUGCCAGGGACUAUAUUAUUCAGCAGUUGUGUAUCGUUGUUUUUCCACCUCUGUGUCCUCCUUUCCUCUGUAUUUUUGUAUUUCUUUUAUAUUACUAAUCCUGUAAAAAAUAAAUUUGCUGAUAACAUCGAUCGGUCUAGCGGUAUUUGCUGAUAACAUCUAUCGGUCUAGCGGUAUUUGCUGAUAACAUCUAUAGGUAUAGCGGUAUUUGCUGAUAACAUCUAUCGAUAUAGCGGUAUUUGCUGAUAACCUCUAUAGGUAUAGCGCCCACAAGGGGCACGUGGAGAGGCAGGUCAGGAUAUUAACUCCAAAACCCAGGUUUAUUACAGUAAGUAUGAAAUGCCCAGGUAUUUUUCUAUAUACACCCCACAGCACCUGCUGUUUUUUCCUCCAGUCCGUUUUAAAGGGAAUGUAUUUGCUAAACGUAUUUUACAGCCACCCCCUGACGUUUUACAUCUCAGCCUAUUCCUUCCAGAUGUAUAGGAUCUCAAACAUUCCAAAUACAAGAUGAUGCCUUUUAUAGAACUGAGACCUUUCUCCACUUCUAUACUGUUUCAUAACUAUUUAUUAUAAGGAAAAACCAGAACGAUCUUAUAGCGUGAUUUAUGUAUCUGACGAAUGCUCAGUACCUUACAACUGUAUAGCAUAUAAAAUGUAUUGCUUAUGUACAAUGCUUGUUUAACAGUCACAAUAGCUUUAUAAAUGGAUUUAAUAAACUGAGGAUGGGUCAUAGCUUUCCUUCACGGAAAGAGAUACAUGAUAAAAAUAAAAAAAAAUGAAGGUGUUGUAAUGAAAUCAUUCAUAUUGCUGAAUAGUUAAUAAAUAAUUCUGAAAUACGU